AGCCGCAACACUGAAGCACGGAACACAACAGAACGGGACUCAGUUUGUCUCCAGAUUGGAAGGAAACGGUUUAUUUUCUCAAACAUCAACCUCAACUACCCAGUUUCUGGACUCUUCACACAAAAAGAUGAACACAUUGAGCAAAUCUUCCAAAUGGCCAUCUUAUGAUUCCCUUCCCUCCACCUCAAGCUUUCCCCCCAGCGAGAACGAGCAGACCGAGGACGAGGCAGAUGUCUUCUCUGAGGGAGAGGGGGACAGCGAUUUAAAAAGCCCUCUACAUGCAAAGAUUCAUGACCAUCAAUCUGAGCUCUACUCUGAUGAAGCCAAACAUUUGUCUCUUGAAGCAGCUGCACUCAGACCAUCAUCAGCGACGCCAGGAGAUUUGACCUUUGCUAAAAAAUGCGCUGAUUUGCACAGAUAUACCCACCCUUUGCUUGAGCUUCUAAAGGGAUUAAAAACUGGACGCUUUGAGAAAGGCUUAACCAGCUUCCAGCAGAGUGUUGCCAUAGACAGAUUACAGCGAAUUCUUGGAGUCCUACAGAAGCCUGAAAUGGGUGAGAAAUACCUCCAGAAUCUGCUGCAGAUAGAAAUGCUGCUCAAAAUGUGGCUCCCUCAGGAGUCAUUCAAGCCUGUGGACAAACCCAAGCAGACCAGCACUCCCACACUCACCUCACACUGGAGGAAAAACCAACUCCACAUUCCUGUCAAGAAAAGGAAGCUGAGCUGGUCAGACCCAGAUGUCACAGCGUCAGUCCCAGCUAAGCAGAGCUGUCGUCAGCAUGAAGAACACGAGAGCUGCCUUACUUCUACAUGUCUUCCUCUAUCGCCUGAAAAUCUGACCACGCUAGAGGACAAAACAGCAGAAAUGGACAACUGCUCAGAAGGGCAAAGAUUUCCAAAAAGGACUAACCCCAUAAGCGGGUCUCAUUCAUGUAUCAGGGAGGAACAUGAGAACCAGAAACCGACUGAGGAUUUUCUCCCCUCUCCUUGCGGCAGCCCUGCUACGCAGGUCUAUUCAGUGUCUUCAAGCAACAGUGUUACUGCAAUCGACUCACCGUAACUGACCUUGCUAUCACAUGGAGGGAGCUCAGCUCAUCCGUUAGAGUAGACCCGAUUACAUAACCAUAAAGUUUGGCAGGAGGCCAUCCUGUGAUGCCUGCGAGGCACAUUAAACCAGAUUAGAUGGGAAAGACGCUUAUUGACCACCAACCCUCUGGGUUUCUUUUUCUUAAGAGGCCGUUUCAUUUUACAAGCCAUUGUUUGGAGGAAGGUUAUGUUUUUGUAUGAAACUAGGUUGAAGAAGUUUGGAAAUAUUUUAUAUAUUUUUUUGUGUUGAAGCAAUUGUCGCUGUUUUUUUUUUGUAUUUUCUUUUUUACAUAAUGGAUGGAAGCCUGAAAAGUUGCAGCACAUCAUUUUAAAUAAUAAAAAGAAAAUAAUUAUUAUUUUUUGUAUUCUUAUUAGCUCUUGUUAGUAAGAAGGUGAUCUCUUGUGCAAAGCUCAGUUAAAAAGAGCUCAGACAUAUUUGAUAUUGUGCACUAAAACAGUUUUUUUUUUUUUUUACUGUUUUAAGCUUUUUACAAAUUGUAAGGCAGUCUGAAAAGAUGGGGUGCAGGAAAUCUUCACUGUUGCUAAGCUAGUACUGGUAUUAGUUAGAAACACAUGAUGAUAUUGGUGACACACAGUUAAUGUUUUUAAAUCUAAUCUACACUGCAGUAAUUUCAUGAGCCUUAAUGUUGAUUACUGACCAUUUGUGAAGUAAACAUUUCAUUUAGACUGUGAUUUUUAAGAUAUUUUUAGUCAAUAAAAAAAACAUUGACAAGAAGAAAGGCACUUUUUGAGCAUAUCACCUUCUAAAGCCAGUUUGCUUUGUUUUUCUUUGUGACUUGGAGGCACUCAGAAAUUAACUUGAUCUUCCAUUGCCUGUUAUCUCCUUCCGACUUCCAUUUAAUGUAUCUCUGGUAGAUCUGGUCUUUUUUGCAGACAUUUUCCCCUCUCUACUUUCUUAAUUUUUUUUUAUUUUCUAAAUAAAUUAAGCCCAAAAUGAUGUAAAGAUGUAAGGCUUCUACCAAGAUCUGCCAAAGACACAUCCGAAAUGUCUUAAAAUGAUGACACAAAUAUAAAUUAGACAUGCUUAACCUUUAAUGGUAAAAGGUGAAAUAAUAAAAUAAAGGUGAGCAAAAUAAAAAUUCUGCCUAUUGCACUCAUAUGUAGUGAGUGUGCCAAUGUCUUGAUUUUGUUGGAAUAAUUUUUCAUUAGAGAUUUGUAUCUUUCUGUAAAAGUUAAAUAUAUCUAAGCCUGUCUGCACCUGAAUUUAUUUAUCUGCACUUUGGAUGAAAAUGAGGAAAUGUUACACAUCUGUGAACCACAAAAACAUUAUGUUAUUUAUAAAAAAUUUACUUGAUAUUUUCAUUUCCAUCGCCUGAUUCAUGUUGCACCUUAGAUCGGAGCUUCAGAGGUACUUGAAUGAGAGAUAUGUGGAAAUGUACAGGAAAACAUUUGAGGAAUAAAUGUGUUAUAUGUUUUAAAACAACAUGAGUUGGUAGAAACCACCUGCUGUGCCUCCAUUUAAACAGAUUUAUCCCUCUGAUAUGCUUUUAUAGGUUUGGCAACACUGUUCAAGUGCAAUCAGAGAGAUUACAAUGAAAGAAGUGAACCAUUUCCAUUCGUGAACUCAUUGUUUUUUAUCUUUUGAUAUCAGUUUAAUCUUUUACCACUAUACUUUCCUCAGGUUUCAUUCAUGUUGAAUGACGUCUCAUCUCUGAUGGUUUGUCAUCAGUCAGCCUUACAUAUAAACCACAAAACUAGCAAUGUAUUUGUCUUUUAAAUUAUACAACAAAGAAAAGU